AUGAGUACAAGCUUCGUACAGACACUAGGGGAAAACGAGGAGUCUUUUGAAUACGCUAAACUUUUGGACAAGAGAAUGAAGGAAGCCGAAGAAAAACGCCAGGAGCAAAUUUCUAAGAUACUGAACAUGGAAGAGAUGGCCGCCACGGCGGGCGCGGAGCCGGAGCCCGGGAAUCUCAGCAGUGCCGUGCGUGUGGCCCCGCUGGACCCUGAGCAGCUGCGGCGGGUCCUGGAGCAGGUGACUCGGGCGCAGCCACCGCCCUUCGUUCUGCAGGACGCGGCGCAGCGGCUCCGGGAUGCGGCCCGGGAGGCCGCCCUGCAGCGGGGACCGGGGGCCGGGGCCCCGCGCCUGCUGCCGCCCCAGCAACUUGAAGCCAUUUGUGUCAAGGUAACAUCUGGCGACACAAAAAGUAAGGAAAGGCCAAUGCACCCUCUGGCUACCAUCCAGCCCAAAACAAGACCAAGUCAGCCACCUGGGAGAAGCUCCAGCCUGGGGCUCUGUGGCUCCAGCCCUCAGCUGCACAGGGUGCAGGCCCUGGGGAGGACUGUGUCACAGCCGCGCUUUCUCUGAGGUUCCCCUCAGCCUCCUGCUCCUUCCACGCUUGUACAGAAACUACUGCCAGCCCUUCAGCCAGUCCCUUUGAGGAGAGUCAAGGCCCCUCAGGCUGCAGAUGGGCAUGGUGUCACUCUGAGCCCUCUGGCAGCCUCUGGUACUCCUGCAGUGCGCGUCUCUUCCCGUCCAGCACAUCUGUUCAUUUCCAGCUUGCAUACCGCACAUACUGAGAAACUGAAGAAAUCUUUAAAGGUGAAAACACGGUCUGGACGGAUAUCCCGGCCUCCCAAGUAUAAAGCCAGAGAUUAUAAAUUCAUCAAAACGGAGGACUUAGCAGAGGGGCACCUGUCAGACUCUGAUGACUACUCAGAGCUGAGCGUGGAUGAAGAGGAAGAACAGAGGCAGAAACCGGGGCUCUUUGACAUUGUGGGCUGCGCCCUGAGGCCCAAGGCCUUAUGUGAGAAGUCAUACAUAGGAAGGGGGGGAUUGGUGAGGCAUUUUAAACUCAAUCCAGGCCAUGGACAGCUGGAGCCUGAGAUGUUGCUCUCGAAGAAAGCUAAUGGGAGCCUGACCCUGGGGUGCAUGGGCUCAAAGACCAGAGACCUGACUCCCCCCACAUUGUCCACACCAGCUGUUCUCUGCACAGAAGAGGCAGAGGCAGCCUGGCGGAUCCUGCAGAAUGGUCAGCCUGAAGAAGUCGAAGAGACACUGGUACCCGAGCCAGAAAUUAGAAGUCCCUCGGCUCUUCUGAGACCAGAGAAAUGCCUAGAACCUAGGAAUGGAAGUUGGGCAAGCCAGGCAGAGUUCGGCACAGCCAGCCUCCGGCAGAGCAGAGCUGUGCCGCCAAACAUCCACCCUGCCACAUCCGCAUCGGCAAGGCUGAGCCUCUCCAGGGGAGCGCAGCUUCAGGAGGCUCUCCAGCAGUGUGGCCGAGAGGAGCUGGUGGAGUUGGUCCUGCCUCAGCUGGCUCAGGUGGUGACCCUGUACGAACUACUUGUAGUGAAGGAUACCUUAAAAGACGUCUCAGAGUACAUACUACUCUUGGAAAGGGCUGAGUUUGACUCCCAGCAUUUGUUCAAGCCGGACAGCUCACAACUGCUUAAAAGGUCCAGCUCCAAAGGCUCCAACACCCUCCUCUGGCUUGUGUGGGUAUCUCAAGCUAAACAGAUACACAGUACCCAGGCCCCAGAUGUAAACCAUCAUGAUCACUGGAAUUUUUAUUGGGUUGGCCCAUCAUUUCAUGCAAACAGCGGCAAUUUUUGGUAAGUGAUUUUCACUUCUAUGAAACUAAAUUCAGUUAACUCUACAGAAUUAAAAAGCAUAUAUUUAAAAAUAUAUUUAUUAAUAUAUAUUAUAGAAUAUAUUUAAUAUAUAUCACUUCAGCCAGAGGACUGAGUUUGGUUCCUAACAACGAGGUCAAGUGUGUGGCUCCAAGGAUCCCAUGCCUGUUUGUGGCUGCCCUG